AUGGAUGGAAGAAAAUAAUGUACCACUUUUGAAUGGGUGUCUAGCAGUUCAGAUCUGUCACCUAUUGAAACUUUGUGGCACGAGAUGAAAAAGGUUCUACGACAACAUCCUGCUCGUACAAUCACCGAACUGAGACAAAAACUUCAAGAAAUAUGGGAUUGCUUUACACCAAAUUUUUGCCAAAACUUGGUUAACACUAUGCCCCAGAGAAUUUCAGCCAUAAUAAAAAAUAAAGGUGAUGUUACCCAAUGGUGAUCUUUCAAUUGUUGCUUUGUUAACUUCGCGCAUUUAUUUGCACAUUGUUUAUUUGUUCAGAUGUUCUAUUAGUUAUAGGUCUAAGUGAUUUCAAAUAUGUAUUUUUUCGACUAGAGUGUAUCUAAAAUGUUUUUGAG